GCAAAUUGUGUGGCGCGUUAAUCUUCUGUUUAAAUCUUUCUAUAUCAGACGAGGCGCCCAAGAAAGCGGAAACGGUAAGUGGAUCACUCUUCGUGUCAACCACAGGUAGCCGGCCGAUCAACCUUGAAAUCACCGUGUUACCGAGUGCGGUGCCGCAAAGAAUUAAAAAAACAAAAGAACACUCCACAUUCAUCACGCCGAGCUCACCACUGCGAGUCACGAUUGGCUUCGGUCCGUCGUGAAUCUGUUCUUCUAGAAGCAUGUUCACCGUACGAACGAUGAACCGAACAGUGGAGGUGAUGGUGGAUUCUCGAUGACCUUUAAAAAGGCUCUGCCUGUGAAGGCAGUAGUAGCGAGGAAACGUCCUGCGGUUAAACUAGGUGGCACACAGCUGAAGGAAGUGAAACCCACAAACGCUACCGAUGGGCUCAAUAUUAAAAAAUCGCUGCAGAAAACAGCGAACAGUGAAGAAAGUACCAAGAGCACCAGUAUAAAGACCAAUGAUGAUGGUAAACCGAGUACUGGCAAGACACUGCCCCCAAAGAAGGUAUCCAGGAAGGAGGCGAAGACAGCGAGCAGCAGUACCGAACAGAAGCAUCUAGCAUCGACCAAGGCACCGUUCAAGUUUACCGACGAAGGUGGUAGUGGUGGUGGUGCUGGGCUGCGCACCAACCGGAAGCCGAACAUCUUUGAUCGCCUGAAGACGGAUAUGCCCAAGGUGGAGCUGCCGGCGGUGCAGCCGCUGAAAGAGCAGGUGUUCAGCGAACAAACGAUUGAUUCGCUCGCUAUAUACGCUCACUCGAAGAAAAACAUUGUCGAUCUGCUGCACUACACGCACCUGACCGUGGUGCAGAGCAUGGCGAUACCGCGGUUGCUCGAGGGCCGCGAUGCGUUGAUACGAGCACAAACGGGCUCGGGCAAAACAUUGGCAUACGCCGUGCCCAUGAUCGAGGCACUUCACUCGGUGCGCCCUAAAACCAGCCGCACUGAUGGCAUCCGGGCGGUGGUGAUUGUACCGACACGUGAGCUGGCGCUCCAGACAUACGAGCUGUUGGUGAAACUGCUCAAGCCAUACACGUGGCUUGUGGCCAGUUAUCUGUGCGGCGGAGAGAAGCGUAAGACCGAGAAGGCCCGACUGCGGGCAGGUUUGAAUAUCCUGAUCGGCACGCCGGGACGAUUCUGCGAUCACAUUCGUAAUACGGCGUCGCUAAAGCUGAAUGGUGUCCGCUGGUUGGUACUGGAUGAGGCCGACCGGCUGCUGGAGCUUGGAUAUGAGAAGGACGUGAAGGAGAUCGUUGGUGCGAUCCAGAACGGUCGGAGCGAAUCGGGCACGGAUGGCGCCGUGCUGCAAACGGUAUUGCUGUCGGCCACGCUCACCGCUUCCGUUAAGGAGCUGGCCGGUCUGACACUGCACGAUCCGGUCUACGUGGAAACGAGUGAAGCGAUUCGCAACCGGCAAUCCUCCCAGCUAGGGGUUAACGGAGGGGCGAUGGUCUUCAGUGAGCAUUUGCUCAACGUAGACGAGUGCGUGACGAUUCCGGACACGGUCAAGCAGCGCUAUCUGGUCAUUCCACCGAAGCUUAGGCUAGUGACGCUCAGCGGGCUAAUCGCGGCCGAACAGCGCAAGAAAGCCUCCAAAGCGCUGGUGUUUAUGGCGACCCAGGAUUUGGUGGACUUCCAUUACGACAUUAUGGUGGAGGUACUCACCAGAAAGCGUCUGGACUCGGAAGACGAGAGGGAAGACGAAGCAGAGGACGAGGAGAACGUGUCGGAGAAGGAAGAUGACGACGACGACGAGGGGAAUAGUGUGUUGCUGCCCCAGCUUACCUUCUUCAAACUGCAUGGCCGUAUGUCGCAAGUGGAACGCAGCUCGGUGUUCCAGGAAUUCCGCAAAGCGAAGGCGGCGGUCCUGUUGUGCACGGAUGUGGCUGCCCGUGGCAUCGACGUACCGGCUGUCGAUUUGGUGGUGCAGUACCACGCGCCCCAAAUCUUGGCCGACUAUGUGCAUCGCGUGGGUCGUACUGCACGAGCCGGUCAAUCCGGAAAGGCGGUCCUGUUCAUCGAACCAGCUGAGGUGGAGUUUAUCAAAUAUCUCGCCGAGAAACAGAUACGGAUCCAGGAGGAGAAAAUCGACGGCAUAUUCGUGUGUCUCGGUCAGCUGCUCAAAUGUCGCCAAAAGCGGAUCGCCCGGAACAAGGAGAAGGCAGCCGUGGAGCUGCAGCAUCGGUUCGAGGUGCUAGUAGCCAACGAAAGCGAGCUCUUCGCUAGCGCAUCAAAAGCGUUCGUCUCGUGGGUGCGCUACUACUCCAACUUCCCGAAGGAGCUGCGGCGCAUGUUUGCGAUCCGGGCGAUCCACAUGGGCCACUACGCCAAGUGUUUGGGUUUGCGCGAUCCACCGAAGAAGUUCAUGUCCGAGCAUACUGGACCGACGGCGAAGGGCGAAGGCUCGUACGCCGACGACAACGAGCAGCAACAGGCAACAUUGCAACGCUUCCCAUCCUCCUCGGGCCGUGGUCGAGGUCUCGCUGGCCGGCGUGGUGCGCGAAGAGGCGCUUCUUCCGUUGGUGUUGGUGGACGCAGCAGCAGGGUCAACGGUAGCGGACCAGUAUCGCGAAGAGGAGGCCACGACUCGACUGGCAGAGACAGGAGAGGAGGAAGAUCGGCCGCAACCGGUGGCGGUGCAGCACCGCGAAGGGAUCUGGCGGAUUACGCGAAACACUCGCGCGUGCUCAACACAUCCGAGUUCGACAGUGGGCUCGAGCCGGUCCGCAAAAAAGCGAAACACUAGGCCGUGUGACUAGGACUGACCGUUGCGUGGAUCGUGUGCGUGAAUCGCCCCCGGACCGGUGGGGGAAAGAAUAUCCAUCACGGGGGGAGAGGGCAGCAGUGGGAUCCGAUACCAUAAAGUGCAUACGAACUGAAAUACAACAAUCUUUUGGGAGACUUAACGCUCAUGUGUACA